CAGUGCAGGCCUACGAGCAUUCUUAUCAGUUAUAGACAAGAAUGUCAGUAUGCAAAAUAAGUUACGCAAAAAAUGACCGAAAGGAGGAUUUGUAAGCAUUAAAACAUCAUGAAGCCACGACGCUGGGAGAUUUCAGUUCCUGGAAAGAGUGAAACGUCUUUGUGUUGACGCUGUAACGCUUUUACGACCCUGAGGGUAAAGUUCACUUUAUCUCCACAUGUUCUUCCCGAAACAGAAGGCAAACUUAAAUUCAGUCCUGUUGCAUAGCCUAUCCGUGUCAGGAUCAUGACGAACGAUCAUUGAGGGAUCCAAACCAACGAGGUUUCCGUUUGCAAACACUUUUUCUUCUAUUGUUUAUUACGUUGGGCCCAGAAGACGUUGUAUCGUUGCUUUCAGCCGUGGAACACAAUUGCAAUGCUGCUCAACGAAGAUUUGCCAUCAGAUAACAUCUAUGCGUAUGCUCUGUCCAAGACACUUAUUAAAGUUGCUUCUCCAGCAACAGUUGGUCUCUACUCAUCAUGCCCAAAACGCAUCAAUAUGAUUCUCCGACAUGUAGAAGUGCAUAUGGAACAGGAGGCGGCGAGGAGAGAGAAGAAGAACAACAAAGGAGCAUCCGAGCCUCGUUCCUCCAAGCCCUCCCUCGGAGGCCUCCUGCUCCUCAUCUGGCGUCUGCUCUUCUUCCGUCCCGUCUUGACCGAGGAGAACCAGCGGCGCCAGAACGUGCGCUUCCUCUACGUUCGCUUCAGCGCCUGGCACUUCCUGGGCAGCGACCUGCUGUGGGCGGGGCUGACCAUGCGCCUGUGCCAGUCCCUGCAGGAGCGCUUCGGCAAGCUGCAGCUGGGGCUGUACCGUGUGGUGCAGUACGACGAACAGGAGGAGUUUAGGAAGAAGGCCGAGGUGGAGGACAGCCUGCACCAGUGGAGAUCCAAGAAGAUCUGCUGCUGCCCACUCUGGUUCCUGAUCCUCAUCCUCAUCCUGGCUGUGGGGGCAGUCCUGGCUCUCCUGCUGACGCUUGGCUUCCCACAGGUGGAGGAGGUGGGGGGUGCAGGGGAGGUGGGGGAAGGGGGAGAUGGUCAGGGCGGAGGUGCGGGGGUGUUGGAGGGCCUGGCGAUCGCCGCGCUGGGCGUGCCGGCGGUGGGCGUCAUCCGCUUCCUCUUUUUGAUGGGCAAGAAUCUCGUCUUCAACCAAGACCUGAAGAUCCGGCGCGGCAUGGACGACGAGAAACUGAGCAGCAAGCUGGGCUUCAUGAACGAGGUGAGGAAGGAGAUGUCCCUGCUGUCCAUGUUCGUCCGCUUCAUGGAGGUCUUCGAAAGGCGGAGGAUACGCGUGGUCCUGGAGAUCACCGACCUCGACCGCUGCGAGCCCAGGAAGAUCGUCGGGGUGCUGGACGCCAUCAACAUCCUGCUCUCGGAGGAGGACAGCCCCUUCAUUUCCCUGCUGGCUGUCAACCCUGAAGUGCUGGUUCAGCAGGUGAACUUUGCAGACAGCUGCUUCUGUAAAGAGGACCGGGGAUACGCCUUCCUCAACCGGAUUGUGACCCUGGCUUUCACCGUCCCCCCGCUCUGCGGUUCCUCCAAGCGCAGGGUCUUUUACAACAUCGUCAGCGGCCAGUCAGAGAUCACAGAAGAAGUCGAGAUGAAGGCGAGCGAGUCGAGGGCGUUGGGUGGUGCGAAAACGUCCCUUGUCUCAGACGCUUCCUCGGUUGAGCGAGCGCAAACAAACAUUCCUCUGAUAGAUAAGAACGACAUGGAGGAUCGCCAUCUCGCCUCGGAGCUAGGUGAUGAGGAGAUGGAGAAGCUCGUCCAGUCAUGUUUUGACAGCAUCCUGGUUCACGGCAGAAGUCGCCUCCACAGAUACCUCUCCGGCGACACCAUGUCGAUGAGACGGGUCAUCAACUCCACCCGCGUUACCGUGGUGAUCAUGGAGGCCCUGAGGCAGGAGCUGCCAUCGCCGGAACGCAUCGCCGCCUGGGUGGUGCUAGCCAAUCACUGGCCCUGCCGCCUCAGCUGGGUCCUGCAGUGUCUGGAAGACCGCCAGCAGAGGGCGCUGAUCGACAACGGCGACUCCGACACCGCCGCGGACGACUCGCAGACGCUGUGGGAGCUGUAUACCGUAUCCAGGGCAGAGCUCUACGUCAUGAGGGAGCAGAUCGAGGAACUGCUGGAACAGGAUGGAGAUCCGGAGAUGUUUGAGAUGUUCCUCAAGGUGGACUUCCGGUUCACGGUGAGAGACGCCGAGAGGUUUCAGCUGUCGAUGGUCAACCUCGAUAUCUCGAUCAGGAAGGAGCUGGCGAGAAUCAGAGGGGCGGCCAGUCUGAAGGAUCAUGGGUGGAGCAAGAACCUUGCACCUCUACCAAUCGGAACAAUUAUCAACAUGACCAUGGAGGACAUCUGCAAAGAGCUGGAUAAUCUGAACUUCCCCGAAAAGUACGCAGAUAUCGUACGAAGCAACAACCUCAGCGGUCAGACGCUGGUGUUUGGCGACACAAACGACCUCAAGCUCCUCCUCCAGAUGACCUACGGCGAGUGGACGACCUUUCGUCUUCACUUCCUGUCCGCGGGCCAGAAGGUCAACACCCAGAGCAAAGCCCAGCGGCUACCUCCCCAACACAUAAUGCACAGUCUGUCUAGACAACAGCUCCUCCCCUCUCACCACACCUCCACACUGAGCCUUACUGUCCCCUGAGCACGUGUCUCUUGAGCGUGUCUCUUGAGAGUUCAGGGGAAAUGUAUCUUCUGUGCCAGUAAUCUAUAAAUUGAAAGGUGUUUUUGUUACAUCGAUUGUGCGUUAGUGAGAAACAAUACACCAAACAAAUAUAAGUUCACCUAGUCCUGAUGAACUUGAAACGUAGUUUUGCUUUCUUGUAAAUACAUUUUAUUGAACACUGGCGUUUUAUUGAACACAUGAAAUCCAGGACACUGUAUAAAGCUAGCGUGAAGGUGAUGUACAUGAAAAUUUAAUUCUGUGAUAUCAUGCAACACAACAGUCAUGAUUUUGGUCAAUCAUCCUUAAUUAAGAUACUUUUAUUAUGAGCCUUUGCAAAAAUAAUACUAUUAUCAAAAACAUGCAAUGCUAUUCGCUAGUGAAACUUGCUGUUCUCAUACAAACAGAUGACACACAUAGUAAGCUAACUUUAUAUGAUUGCAUAUCACAGCGUUGUCUGAAGUAAAAUACUCUCCUUUAAACUCCCAUAGAUCACACUAGGCAA